AUUGCGACUUUGAAAAUAAUUUGCAAUGUUCAAGCGACGGUUUCUAUAAAUAUAUAUGGUUAGUCAGCAAACGCAACAGGGGGAAAGAGGAAGGGUUGAUUGUCCACAGAAGAGGAAACAAAGGUUUUAUAGGGGGACUUCCUAUGAUCAUCAAACAUGUGUAUGUUAGCAGCCAGCACAGUCUACGUGUUUGAAGUGAGCGUCUAAAAAAUGAUUAUUGUAUCAGUGGCCUACUUUCUCCUGUUAGUGUCUGAUGCAACAGGGAUUCUUCGAGUCAACACAACCGUCGGGAAAUCAACGAUACUCCCAUGUUUGUUGAACACAAAUAUAACUGACCUACAUAAUCUACGAUUUUACUGGCAGGAUGAAAACAAGAAGGUUUUAUACUCUUUUGAUAAAGGAACAGAGGUGCCAGAGUAUGUGGACAGACUUUAUCGAGGCCGGAUCACAGCCUUCCAUCAGGACAUGAGAAUAGGACAUGUUUCAAUCAAACUUGAAAACACAACGAUGGAAGAUAAUCAAAAGGUUUUCGAUGUUUUUGCAAAAGUGUUUGAAAGUGGAGGGACAACCAAUAGAAUCUGCCAACUUACUUUACAUGUUGACGCUCCAAACGAGAUCCAGGCCACCAUCUGCCCUUCAAACCGGA